AUCGAAAAGUAGUUAUAGCAGAGGAAAAUUGUCUCUAUGACAGCAUCCUAUUAGCUCAGAGAGUUUUAAAGCAAGUUAAUGCAGCUGUACGGUUUAAAAAGGCAUCGUUGGUUUUUUCCACUUUCUACAACUGCGUAUUUUUUUCUCUUAUUCUCUUGUAUCGACCCCCUCCACAAUGUUCUUUCCUUAAGGUUUAGUUAGUUUUAAGAAAAUCAAAACCCUUUGGUAGUUUGGCAAAUAUUCUGAUAAUUUGGUUUAUUUUUUAUAAACAACAAAAAAAAAACACAUCAAAACGUCGCACAAACAAACAGGUGAAGGUGAAAACGAUGAUAAUAGUUUAGUUUCAUCACGCAUAUCACCAUUUAAAGCAGCAGCAUCACCACCACCGCCAUUACCAAUGCCACCAUCAUUGUUAUUGUUGUCAUCAUCAGCUACUACAUCACCAGAUAAAAGCAUUGUAUUGGAAAAUAAUAAAUCAUCGCCAUCAUCAGGCACAAUCUUACCAUCGACAUGUAUUUCAUUACUCGAUAAAAGCAGUCACAAUGUAAAUUAUGGCAAAACGUCUCCAACGUCAGCGGUAGUUAAUACCGCUGCUGCUGCUGCUCAUGCUGCACCAUUGUCGUUUAUAAAUAAAAAUGUUACAACUGUUGAUUCAUCUAUCAAUGAUGAUAAUAAUACAUCAUUGUCACAAUCAUCAGCAACAUUAUCAUCGUCGUCGGUGUCGUCAUCAGCAAUGUCAUCAUCACGUGCAUAUGUUAAGCAGGAAUAUUUGGAGAAUAAUGCUAAUGUUGCAACAACAACAACAAUAACCAAUGUGACUAAUAUGAAUAAUAAGAGCAACUGUAGCAACAGCACCAUUCUCAAUGAUUUAUCAUUGGAAUAUCAUAGCAACAACAACAAUAACAAUUCGAACAAUAUGAAUAUUAUUAAUCAUAUGCACAAGUCUUCAAAUGCUGCUGAUGACAAUGGCAACAACCGCAGCAACAACAACAAUAACAACAGUAACACGGAUGAGAUAUUACUAUUGUGCUCUAAUCCUCGAAGUGUUACUGAAGCCUUAGCCAUGACCAAGAAUAACGAGGAUUUAGAUGAAAAGGAAAUUUAAAAUGUUCGCACGAAUAUAUGAAUAAACUUUGUUCAUUAUGUUUCCUUAAUUUCAUUUUAUUAGAAUUUUUGUAGUUCUUGUUGACACGAUAUUUUGUUAGAGUUCAAGUCCUCAAUUUCAAUUUUUUUCAUAUUUUAGUUAAUCCGUUUUACCCCUACAAUUCAUGUAAUGCCUUAGAAACCAACAAUCCCUACCUAUAGUAUUUCGAAUGAGAAGUCAUACCCAUCCUGGAAGCUGUACGAAAUUCAUGGAAGCAAUCAAAGGAAUAUCAGUGACGUUUUUGUUAGGCAGCACAGGAUUCAGAUCUAGGAUUGCGAUCAAAACGACUCAAGCUCGUCAUUCGGGAAUCCAUUUCGGGUACAACAGCAGUUGUCCAUGGCUUACUUAUAACCUCUACAGUUGGUAAUUGCUUUAAAAUAGACAGACCGCCCAUCAAUAGAAUACCUGCAAAGGACUGACACCAGAUGAUAAAAUAUGUCCUUUAUAGAAGACAGAAACAAGGUAUUUUAUUUGUAGAAGAGACCAGUAGGACAGUCCUCUAUUACAAUGUAAAAGAAUCAUGCUUCCUUCACGGGUUUUCAGUAUUUUUAAAUUUUUUUGACGAAGAAAGUAAAGUUCCCUCCAUGAACUAGUGACAGUAAGAAUUCAUAAAAAUGCUCAAUAAUAUGAGAAAAAAUAAUAAAUAUCAAAAUUUCCUUUUUUUGUAGAAAUCAACAGUAUAUCGAAAAGGUCAAUGGAAAUUCAAUAUUGCAUCUAUUAUGCAACUCAUUAGGUUUUACGUAGAAACAGACAUUGACCUUUUUUCGGUUUUAAUACUUCUCAAUCAGAUAAGAAUGACUCUGUUUAAGGAAAACUCAAUUUUCCUUUCAUGUCCAUAGUUUAGAAAUUAGUUUUAUUUUUUCCCCAAUUUUAACUUAUACUUUAAAGUAGCAUUUUAAAUUUCCUUGGAAUCUAUAGAGCCUCAUUCUGAAGUAUCAAUAAUAAAGAUCGCGCUCUAAAAUAUGCUGGUUAUGAUAUCUAAUUAUCGAUUCAGAAAAGAAUCAUCCAACAACCAAUAUCUCGUCAACGUAUUUUGUCUGCGUCUGAUAACCCACCAACCAACCAGUAAUGAUGCGUGAAAAUGGUUUUCUUCAUGUCUUUUUAAACAAAAAGUUCACCCAAUAUUUGUUUUGGUUGUUGUUAUUUAUAAUGUGUUUAUUGUUUUGUUAUUUGUUGAAAAUUUAAAAUAAAACAAAAAUAGAUAAAAAAUAGUAUACGUUUUGAAAGCCAAUAGGGGACUUUUCUCUAAAAAAAAUGGAACAGAAUUAAUUGAAAAUAUAUAAACCUGUGUUAUUGUUGUUGUUUUAUAACUACUCCUUGGUUCUCCAAUCCUCUUCAACUCAUUUGUGUGCAAUUAUCCUAAGUUCGCCGCCCAUUACCGUAUCGUUUCGUUUUUAUCAUAUACGCAUUAAUUUCUUGUAGAUUUGUAGUUUCGAAUCAUUUGUUGACUUAGUCGUCUUAAAAUGAAAUCAAUAUCCCCACUCCUUUCCCAAUUUCUUUAAUUGUGGUUUAUAUUUCCCUUAAUUUCUCUUUGUCCCCUCUCUCUAUAUAUCCUUUGUGUAAUAUUUGUUUAAUAUUCUCCUGUAAUAUUUCUUUGUAAUUUGUUGUUGUUUAUUUUUUUUCUCUAAUUAUAUUCAUAACUAUUAAUUAUUUUAAUUCUGUUAUUAUUUUCUAAAUAAAUCCAAUUCGAAAUCUACAUAAAUUCUUCAAUAUACACGUGUAAAUUAACCAAAAAAUACGCAUCGAAAUUGAAAAUUCUCCCUUCAAAAAAUUAUAUAUAUGUCAAUCAAUUAUCAUCGCA